UGGGCUGAAUUUUUUUCUUUUGCUACAGAAACACAUGACCCCUGGCCAUGACUAUGGGUUGCUGCUGAUGGCAGAGGCGCUACUGGAGGAGAGCCUGCAGGAAAACAAGGACCUAUUACGGAGCUCCACACCUUUGAUCGACAAGACCCAGCCCAGACUGUGCCUGGCCAAAGGCCACCUCAACUCUGUCCUCAGCCGAGGCCAUCUCACACCCAGGUACUUGAACGAGGCUCUGCUGAUGAUGGCCAAAGUGCACUUUGUGCAGGGUCGCUACCGGGACGCCCAGGGAAUGUGUGCCAGGGUGGGACUGGACGAGCUAACGCGGGAUGAGCAGCCGACCUACCAUCUCCGCCUGCUGGCCGAGGCUUUUGUCAUGAAAGGUCUUUCUCUGGACCAUCAGACGGUCUCCGCAGUGUCUCGUGUCCGCCUGUCAGAGAGGGAGGAGGAGAGUCUGUGCUGUUACCUGAGGGCGUGUGACGCUGCUCUGUCUUACCUGCAAGAGCUCGAUAAGACAAUAUCAACGCCUCACAGUAAGACAGCCAAAUCCAGUACGCUCCCUCAACCUGUGGAAAUGGACCUGGGCUACUUCCUGCAGGCGUCCUUACAGAGCGCGUACCUCUGUCUGCUGCAGAGGGGUCAUCUCGCACAGGGUGCUCACCAACUGCGUAGGGUGCUCAGGGUGGUGGAGUCACGAGGGUCCCAGAGCUUCAGGAAGUCUGCAGCGAGGAAGCUAGCAGAGGUGCUGCUGAGCUUUGUGAGUGAGGACAGCUACUGGCCCCCGCUGGGCCCCCCACCCUCAGCCUGGCUCCACAGAGAGGGGGCCGCCGCCUUCAAAGACGCCGUCUACCCCACUGUUAAACCACCGCAGCGCUACAGCACCGACAGUUGCUUCUGUCCUCAGGACGUGGUGGAGGAGGCUGUGUUGUUGCUGCUCAUCACCGAGUCCAUGGCCAGCGGAGACGCGGUGAUCAGUCGUCUUCCAGACCAGGCCGAAGCCCGUCAGAGCAGCCUGCAGGAUGCCACCUCCGUGUAUGACCUGCUCACCCUCGGCAUGGCCAGGAGGGGGCAGUAUGGCAUGCUGUCUGAGUGUCUGGAGCGAGCCAUGAAGUUUUCAUUCAACGAGUUCCACCUCUGGCACCAGCUGGGCCUGUCACUCAUGGCAGCCAGGAAGGGGGUCGGUGCUGUGUCUGUAUUUAAAGAGUGUGCCAGGAUGAGACCAGAGGACCCCUCGUUGCCGCUAUUGGCUGCUAAAGUCUGCAUUGGUCAACUGCAAUGGUACGGGGAGGCUGAGGAUCUGUCGCAGAGUGUGGUGUCCAUGGGGGAAGAAGCAGGAGAAUUUCUACCCAGAGCCUACCUUUCCCUGGGACUGUGCUGUAGUUUGCAGGCCUCUGAGGCCUCUCUAAAAGCUGAUCGUAAUGAGUUCAACAAAAAAGCGCUACGAGCAUUGAGCAAGGCUCAUUCAUUAGACCCUGAGGACGCUCUGAUAGCGAUGUACCUGUCUCUGCAGCUGGCACUUGUGCGGCAGGUUUCAGCAGCCAUCGAGCCCCUGCAGGCAGCUUUAUCUCUCCGUGGGGACGACUUACACUCCCUCCACCUGCUGACGCUGCUGCUGAGCGCCCAGAAACACCAUCGUCAUGCCCUGGACACCCUGAACCUGGCCCUCAGCCAGCACCCCGGCAACUUCAACCUGCUGUUCACCAAGGCGAAACUUCAAGAGGCCCUGUUUGGCCCGACAGUAGCCUUGCAGACCUGUGAGGAGAUGCUGCAACACUGGCUCAGCCGCUAUGAUGUCAGCCGAUCCAG